CACACCCCGCCCUCUCCGCCCUCACACGCUUGCACCCUCGGCCGCCCACAUUUUCCAGACGUCGCCAUGGACUCAUUAGUUGCACAAUACACGCGGCCGGCCUUCACCGAGGAGGGCCCGACGCAUGAGGAGCAGCAGGAGCUCUGUCAGGCCGCGCCGGAGCUGUCGCUCAAGUUCGCGCUGCCGCCGGUGGCGCAGUCUGCCGCCUGGUUGCGCGCAAUGACGGACGACUACUCAAACCCCAGCUGUCCCAUCAAGAUCGCACACGGCACCACGACGCUUGCCUUCCGCUUCAAGGGCGGCAUCAUCGUAGCGACAGACUCCAGGGCCACGGCGGGCAACUGGAUUGCCUCGCAGACGGUCAAGAAGGUCAUCGAGAUCAACAACUGCCUGCUGGGCACCAUGGCCGGUGGCGCUGCUGACUGUCAAUACUGGCUGGCAUAUUUGGGCAUGCAGUGCCGCCUCCACGAGCUCCGACACAAGCGCCGCAUUUCUGUAGCCGCAGCCUCCAAGAUUCUCGCCAACCUCGUAUACUCAUACAAGGGCAUGGGCCUGUCAAUGGGCACCAUGUGCGCAGGUGUGACACCUCAAGAAGGCCCAGCUCUCUACUACAUCGACAGCGAUGGUACCCGACUCGCAGGCAACCUCUUCUGCGUCGGCUCCGGUCAGACGUUUGCCUACGGUGUUCUCGACGCCAACUACAAGUACGAUCUCUCGGACGAAGACGCUCUCGAGCUGGGCAGGCGGAGUAUCCUUGCCGCCACCCACCGCGACGCCUACUCCGGAGGCUUCAUCAACCUCUACCACGUCAAGGAGGACGGCUGGGUGAAGCACGGUUUCAAUGACACCAACCCCAUCUUCUGGGAGACCAAACUUAACAAGGGCGAAUUCUCAAACGUUACGGCAGAUCUGGUAUAGGGUGAGGAAGAGAGGAGCACAUGCGCCGUAGAUCCCCCCUGGACAUGUACUACAGAGGGCAGGAAAACCUGGCUGUAGUUGUAAGAUGAGCAGCCUCUGCAUACUUGAUUUGCGAGGGAGCAAUGAGAUCAAUACGACAGUCAGUCGAACAUCUCAAGUUACGAAACAGAUACACUCUACGACAUGACAUGCAUAAUGUUGGCUAUGGU